UCACGUCAUUAAAAAAAUAUCCUUCUGUGACCGUCAGUGACCGUCAGAAUUUUUUCGUCAUAAUUUCGUCAUUUUUGUAAAAUUCGUCUAAUUAGUUGUAAAACUGACCGUCAGAAAAUAAAAUGUCAUAGUUUUGUCAGAAAUCUCACGGUCACAAUCGGUCACAAAUUUUCAGCCCGUCAUUUUUUCUGACGGACCGAAUGACGUGACCGUCCAAUGACGGUCACAAAAUUUUUUUUACAUCACUAUGCGUGCCUCAAACUCUCAAACUUUCAAGAACUGCCAAGUUAUCCAAGAUAUUGCCAGUGUGUAUACUAACGAUCAUAAUUUACAUAAUUUUUCACUAAUCAUUUAUAACGGAAAAACGAUAUUUAUAACUUUAAAAUCAGUGACAGUGAUACAUUAAUUUUUCUGCCUAAAAAAAUAGAAAAAAAUUUAAAAAACGACAUUGUAAAUGCCGGGGCGUAUCCCAAAAUUAUUACCAAAUACUCUACAUAUACCUAUAACAAUUUUAAUUUUUCUUAGUUUUCUCUGUAAUCAAUAAAUUAUUAUUAACUUCUAAGAGUCUCCUUUCUCCCCACUAGUUAAAUGAAUCAUCCCGGAACAAAAAAUAAUUUCAACGUCAAAAACCAACUUAAUUCUGAUAAUAUAAAAGUAAUAAUAGCACAAUUAAUAUUAAAUAAUCAAAAAUAAAUUAAGUGUUUGAGUAGUGUAUUGACAAGAAAUUUUCAAAUUAAAUAUCAAAGUAAAAAGAUAAAUACCUAGCCAGUCAAUGUGUGAUUCAGCUGAUGCUUACGUACAAAAGCUCGACUACCUUCACCUUGGAGAUGAUAUUGAUCGAAAAAAUGGCAGCAGUGUCUCUGGAUCAAAACCAGAGGCACAAGUACCAGUAUCAAAACCUCAUCAUCAUCAACAACAACAACAACAACAAAUUUAUCAAACUUAUAAGUCUCAGCAAUAUCGUGAGUCUCGUGCACAGCAUAGAUCUCUGAGCGGAAUCGAUGGAUUUAUUGAUGAUCCACAAGAUCCACGAAUUCAAGAUACUUAUACACCCCGACACCAUACUCAAAAAUCAAUAGAUAAUUUAGAAGCAAAUCAACACGAUCGAAAUCAUAUGCAUAAUGCUCCAUUGUAUGAAAAUAUUGAAUACUAUCCACAGCAAUCACAAAUAACACCAACAAUUCCACCUUAUUAUCAUUCGAUUGAAAAAAAAAGUCCACGAAGUAGUCCAAGAACAUCAUUGGCAUGUGAAUCAUAUGAAGCUAAUUAUCGUAAAGCUCAACCACAAGUACCAACAAGUAAUCGUUAUCAAACAUCAUCACCGGGAAAAGAUCAUUUACCUCCAUAUGAAGCUCCGCCAGUUUAUGAAAAUAUACAAGAAGUUAAUUAUCAUGAUGCUGAUGGACAAAAUAAACCUGGACCCCAAGUAGCUAAUUAUUAUCAUUCCACAAAUAUUAAUGGUGGUGAUUAUGUUGUUAUGACUGGUAAAACUCAACCGCAACAUCAAUCACAACAACAACACCAACAACAACACCAACAACAACGACCAACAAGAGUACAAUCAUUUGAUACAAGUCCAACGAUGAUAUUAUCACGAUAUAUGCCAUCAUCAAAUUCAACUGGUGAUUUACAAAGUGGCAGAAAUGCAUAUGUACCACCAUCAGAACUUCAACAUCCUCCGUCACCAAGAAUGCAUUCUUAUCACAAUGAAUCUCCUCCCAUUAGAUCAAAUGAACAGCAACAACAACUGCAUUAUCGUGUCAAUGCAACAAACGCUGAUAGUCUUUAUAAGCCAAUGAUUGAUAAUAUCGAGGCACAAUAUCGUGAAAAUGGUUCCUAUAAACCACGGAAUUCUAAUUCAUCAAGAUCAAUUCCCUCAACAUACACAACAUUACCAAGAAAUAAGUCUGGAUCUUGGUUACCUGGAACAGCACAAUCUGAUACAAAAAAUGAUUUUCCACCAAGAAAUACAAAUAUUUACAUGUCUCAAAAUCGUUCAGAGCCAAUUUCAUCGAGAGUCAUUAAUGAUGGUCACGAAUCAUCAACAUUAAAUAGAAACUCACCAUUGUAUGCAAUACCACACGUUGGACGUGAUCAAAAAAGCAAUAAAAUAAAUUUAGAAUCGAAUCAAAAUUUCAUAAAAUCAAAUAUAGUUGAUAAUAUACAAAUGAUAAAUAGACAUACACCUAGUUCAUCAUAUACAACAACGUCAACUGGUAAUUCAGUACGCGGACAAGUACAAACAGCUGUUUCAAGUGCAUCAACAAUAUCACCAGAUGAUUUGACAAGUAAUGCACCAAGAAUAACAAGUUUACCACCAGGAGUUACGUCUGGUGUUGCUGGACCAGUUGUUUUAGCAAAACCAGGUGUUCCAUUGCUACAAAAAAAUAUUGAUAUUGAUGAUAAACAUAUUGAUGAUGAUAAUAAAAUAAGAACAUCAAGCCCUGGUGGUAAAACAGUUACUGGUAAAGGUUUAUUGCCUUAUAAUGUAACACCACCAAGACCAUCUGGUCCAACAGAAGCUGAAAGAAAAAUUGAAGAAUUAACAAGACAACUUGAAGAAGAAAUGGAAAAACAAGAAGAAGAAGGUGAAUAUUUUGGUAUUUGUCAUACUUGUGGAGAAAAAGUAACUGGUGCAGGACAGGCUUGUCAAGCAAUGGGAAAUCUUUAUCAUACAAAUUGUUUUAUUUGUUGCUCAUGUGGACGGGCUCUUAGAGGAAAAGCUUUCUACAAUGUUCAUGGAAAAGUGUAUUGUGAAGAAGACUAUUUGUACUCAGGCUUUCAACAAACUGCUGAAAAAUGUGCAAUUUGUGGGCAUCUUAUUAUGGAAAUGAUACUUCAAGCUAUGGGAAAAUCUUACCAUCCAGGAUGCUUUAGGUGUUGUGUAUGUAAUGAUUGUUUAGAUGGUGUGCCUUUUACGGUUGAUGUCGACAAUAAAAUUUAUUGUGUUAAUGAUUAUCAUCGUAUGUUCGCACCAAAGUGUGCUUCAUGUGGCAAAGGAAUAACACCGGUUGAGGGAACUGAAGAGACUGUACGAGUUGUUUCUAUGGAUCGUGAUUUUCAUGUUGAUUGCUAUGUUUGUGAAGAUUGUGGAAUGCAAUUAACUGAUGAACCAGACAAACGUUGUUAUCCACUUGAAGGAAGACUGAUGUGUCGAGCUUGUCAUAUUCAACGUAUAUCACAUACUCAACCACGAGCACCUCAACCAGUCUCAGCUAGUUAUCAAUUUAUGGGCUAAAAAAAAAUUAAAUCAAGUAAACAAAACGAUUAAAUAGACUCACAGUUUGUUCAUAAAAAUAUAAACAAGUAUUUAUAAAGUUAAAAAAUAUCUAUUUAUUACGUUUUUUUUUUUUGUUUUAAUACUAAUAAUUAUAGUUUAAUCAACAAAAAAAAAAAAAAAAAAUCCUGUUGUGAAGACAGCUGUGAUAAUGAUAGCAUAAUUUUCCAUAUCAUUUAUUUUUUUUAUACAUUCAAUUUUUUUUUUAUUUUUAAUUUUCUAUUAUAAAUUUAAAAUAAUGAUUAAUAAUUUGAUCAUAUUUCAAUUCAAAAAUUUAAUUAUAGAAUAAAAUGAAAACUUGAAAAUAUUCAUGAUAUAAAUCAUAUAUAAAUGUUCAGAAUGAAAAAAUUUUAAUAUUUGAUAUUAUCAUUUGUUGCACAAUUUACUAAGUGUUAAUCAAAGUAUAAAUGCUGAGAUUCACAAAUAAUAUUCAUAGUAAUAAUGAAUUGCUGGAAACACAAUACUCUUGUUUAAAUGAAAAAAAGUACUUAUUCAUGUUUCAUGUACAAAAAAAAUAUACCAUUGAUUAAGCUACAAUAACAAUUAAAAUAAAUUUUAAAAAAAACUUC